CCCAGGCUGGAGUGCGGUGGCAUGAUCUCAGCUCACUGCAACCUCUGCCUCCCAGGUUCAAGCGAUUCGCCUGCCUCAGCCUCCCGAGUAGCUGGGAUUGCAGGCACCCGCCACCGUGCCCGGCUAAUUUUUUGUAUUUUUAGUAGAGAUGGGGUUUCACCGUGUUAG